AUGAAAAUAGCACAGGAUGAGGUGAGGGAAGUGUUCAAUACAAAAGGUCAGGUAGAUGAAACAUGCAUUAGAGAGAUGAAAUAUUUAAACUCAGUGAUUAAAGAGACCCUGAGGUUACAUCCUCCUGCUCCCCUCUUACUUCCAAGAGAAUGCAGAGAAAGUUGUGAGAUUAAUGGAUAUGAAAUACCUGUCAGAACCAAGGUCAUUGUCAAUGGAUGGGCAAUUAGUAGAGAUCCCAAUUACUGGACUGAACCUGAGAUAUUUUACCCAGAGAGGUUCCUUGAUAGCGCCAUUGACUACAAGGGAACCAACUUUGAGUAUAUCCCAUUUGGUUCUGGAAGGAGAAUAUGCCCUGGCAUAUCAUAUGGCCUGGCCAACGUUGAGCUCCCGCUUGCAUUUUUGUUAUACCAUUUUGAUUGGAAACUCCCAAAUGGAAAAAAUCAUGAAGAUCUGGACAUGACCGAGGCUUUUGGUAUUACAGUCCGAAGGAAAGAAGAUCUGCUCUUGAUUCCCAUUCCUUAUCAUCCUCCGCCUACUGAAAAAUUGCAUGAAUAA